GAUGACUGCCAGCUGACAUCAUGGGAUGUGCUCCUUCCCACAGUGACAUUGUUAACAGUGUUGCCAAGAGCGGCAUCCAGCUUUUUAAAAAGCCCAAAGCAAUUUUGCCAGGACAUCAGGGGGCCAGGGAAAGGUGCGCCAUCCCUUUGCUGAUUCAAAGCUCCACCUGCUAUGACUCUGGAGGGGACUUUUCCCAGGGACAGAGGCCAGCAGCAGAGCAGCCAAGUCCAAGGUGGACCCAGACCAUCACGGAAAGUCUUUGCCAGCUCCCCAGGGAUCCCACUUCAGGCAAAAGGAAAAACAUGGAAGGACUGAUCCCAGAGAACAACUUCUCUCCAUCGCAGCUUCACAAACCACAAAGCUACAAGGCUACGGGCAUCGCACUCGGGAGACAGAGCUUGCAUGGGUCACAAGAGGCAGCCUUUUCUGGGGAGGAGAGCGAAGAAAGUAAUACCCAGGAGACUUCCCAAGGGGAGAAGAGGACCCAAUGUCACAGGUCGGGCACACGGGACCAUUGCUGCCAAACCCUCCUUCCACUCCAUGAAUCGGAGUGCAAAGUGGACUUCCCCGAGCCCCUGGUGAAAGCCCACCAGCACGCUUACACCUAUCUGGACUCCUGCCUCUCCAAAUAUGAAGCAAUUCUGAGCAUCACCCAUCGUGCCACCCAGACCCAGGAGCUGCUGCAGCCCAUGGUCGGCUUCCUGUUGCUGUGUUUUGAGGAAGUCAACCAGCUCCUGGGGGAGAUCUCCAAGGAUGGAGAAGAGCUCCUCCAGGAAGUUCGAGAGGAUCUGGCUUGGCCGUGGAGGAAAGGUGAGCCCCAGGGGCAGCCCGAUCUGCUGCAGCAGCUCCUGCAGUACACAGUCAGCAAGCUGCAGGCGCUCAGUGGCCCGGUGGCCUCGCUCACCGGGAGCCUCCUGGAGGGCUCCGGCAGCUACCUCCACGCCGCCACAGGCCACCUGGGGAGCAAGCUGAGCACGAAGAGGGCUGUGGAGGAACGCCUCCUGAGGGCUCUGGGACGAUUGGAGAGCUUGGCGAGUGGCCACAGCGACCCUGAAGCGCAGGGCCUACCCCUGUGCUCCGAGGACAGUGGCAUUGGUGCUGACAAUGAGUCCGUGCAGCUGGCGGACAAGCUGGGCAAGCAAGCCAGCUGGGACUUGGUGCCAGAGCCUGCAGAAUGGAAGCCAGUGAUUUUACCCACAGCAGAGGCCAGGCUGUCAGGACACGUCUGGCAGCCAAGUCCAUUCCAGAUGGGUUCAGAUGGACCCCAGGACUGUCCACUCUCAAGGCCCCCUAUAGCAAAGGUUCAGCCAGCUGUACAGGGUGGAUCCGGGAGCCCCUGGGCCUCCAGCACAGGCCCAGAAAAUACCACCUCCAGGCCUUGGGGCAAUGGCCAAACUGUCGCACCCGAUUCCCUUGGGGCAGGGAUUUCCGGGGAAGCACACUUUCCUAGAGGCUCCCGGUGGAUGGACACUCCUCCCCUCAGUGGAGGUGAGGACAGCAGCCCAGAGGAGGAGGAAGAGGAAGAGGAAGGGAGCUGCCUGAGUCCACGUGAGUGGCAGGAAAACACUCCCCCUCCAAGGCCUCGAUCUUCACCUGCCGGUGCCCAAAGCCCAUUUCAGCCACACCCCCGGAGGCUGAGGAGCCCCCAGGCCCAGGAGAUGAUUCUGAAGAUGAAGCAGGCAAUCAGUGAAAGGAUCAAGUUCGUCCCUGUGCCCUCUGGGCACCAGGACUGGACAGAGGAAGAAGAGAAGGCGACAGUGCCACCGAGACCUAGCACCGCCAGCGGCAGCCGGAGGGCCCCCUCGAGGCACAGGAGGUCCCAGUCCGAGGGGUGUCUUAAGAGCCACAUGGAGGACCCCACCCUCCAGGAGCUGCGGGGGGUCCAGAGAGAGCUCAGCCGGAGGCUGGAGGCAUUUUACGCCCUGGACUCAGGACAGCAGGUGCAGAGCCGGGAACAGGUUCUGACGCCCCGCGCAGCAGCACUGAGGCCAGACACCCACUGCAGGGUCACCCCGAGCAACACCAUCAGCAAGCUGAAGGCAUCCCUCACCAAGAACUUCAGCAUUUUGCCAAGUCAGGACAAAAGCAUCCUGCAGAAAUGCUGUCCCCACUCUGAGGGGGAAGAGCCCCGGCAGAGAAAAGCUGAGGGGCUUCCAAGGGCCGCCCCAUCCGGGGAGAGGGCCUGUGAGGCCCUUGAAGCCAGGGACUGGAAGGUCAGGAGCUGUCCCCCCAGAGCCUCAGUCAAGAAACUCAUUGAAACUUUUAGUCCCACGGAGAGUCUGAGAACACCGGGGGAUGCCAAGGAUGCUAGGCUGAGCCCCUACCUCAGGAAGUGGGGAGUCCCCACCAUGCCUCCCAGGUUCCCCAUUUACAGGGGGCUUGCCCCUUUGUAUCCAAAGCCCCGAAUUUCUCCAGCAGCAGGUGGAGAAUCUCUCAGGAUGGGCUCAGGCUGGAGGCCCUUCGCGCCCAUCUUUCCACCUCUGCUCACAGCAGAAGCCUCCGAGACUGAGGACCUCGACUGUGGGACAGAGGACAACCCAGAGCUGCUCCCUCCACCGCCUCUGGAAAUCCUGAUGGACAAAUCAUUUACCUCUCUGGAGCCCCCAGAAAGCAGCAAGCUGGCAGAGAGCUGCCUUGAAGGGACCCACGUGCCAGGGCUGGGAGGGGCUGGCCCUGCCCGGAGAAUGUGGGCUUCCCCAAAGCUAAGAGCCUCCAUGAGCCCCACUGACCUGCUGCCCAGCAAGAGCAUGGCCACCCUCCCCAGGGCCCGCAGCGCAGAGAUGGGGAGCAGCAAGAGCGGCUGCGGUCCCGGAAAGCUCGCCCUGGACCUCAACCCCCCGACGGCAGCCAACAGACACCCAGAGGUGCAGGGAGACAGGGCUCAGAGCCAGGUACGAGCAGACAGGACCACGAGCCUCUCCAAGCAUCCCCGGAAGGCCAUGCACUGGCACCAUUCCAGCCACACAUCCGGACCGAGCAGGACCUCGGAACCCAGCCCGGCCCGACCAAUGCGAGGACUGCAUUCUCCCGAGGCCCCAAGGCAGAACCAAGAGAGAAGCCCCACCCUGGUCAGAAAGACCUCUCCCACAAGAGCACACUGGACACCCAGAGUGGACAGGAGGCAUGCAAGCCUGCCCUCCUCUCACAGACCCACCCAGCCAAGUGUCCCCAGUGUGCACGGGUCCCCUAGCCCACCACUCAGCCCUCCGGUGAGCCCCAGGGUGCUGAGCCCCCCAACAAUGAAAAAACGAGCUUCCCCUCCCCCCCAGCACAAGCCGCCCAGCCCGCCCCCAGCAAGCCCACCCGCCCAGCCCAAGGUCUCCAGCCCCCCUGCCCAGUGCACAGAAGCCAGCUCCCCUGCCUCGGGCCCCUCCCCAUCUCCCCCAGCAUCUCCCAGUCAGGGGCCCAAGGAAACAGGAGAUCCUGAAGACAAUCAGGCAGCCACGGCCAAAGCAUCUGGGAACUCGUAUUCCAUUUUCUGCCCAGCCACCUCCUCUCUGUUUGAAACUAAAUCACCGUUCUCAAUAGAGCACCCACCCCUCGCCCCACCAUCACUGCCACCUGAAGCUGCGGUCCCUCGGGGGAACCCCACGGGAGGCUGGAGGAGCAGCUCGGGGCCACGGCUGAGGGCGGACUCACAGCGAGGGACGGCUCUGGGGGCCCUCAACCCUCAGCCUUUCGUCAGAAGGACAGAUUCUGACCGCCGGCCAGGCGUCCGCCUUCUCCUGCCUGUCCCAGGCACCACCAGCAACAUGUGUGAUGCCCCGCUUGGUCAGAGCAGCGGCAGUGAGGAGGGCCCCAAGGACCCAGAGCCGUGGAGCAGCCCCCGUGCCCCGGAACCAAAGGGCGGCGGCAGAGGAGCGUCCCCCGCAGACCUCUGCGUGCUGGGCCACGGGCUGCAACGGGAGGCCGGUGCUGGCCACGCACAGGACAAGCCCCAGCAGAAGGAAGUGGCCUGACAGGCGGGCCAACUGACUCACACGGAUGCCAGUCACCCCAGAAGACAAGGGUGACAGCCAAGCAUCAGGCAGCCCCUUAAAGGGUGGGCCAACCCCACCUGAGGGGUCCUGGACAGGCCUGGAAGGGGCACUGCCCAGAGGGUCUGCUAAAGUCUUAAACCAUCAGUGUUUUCAGUCCUAGAUCCCCGUUUGCCUUGGGGGUUCAAAGAUGAACUAUAACUUUGGACCCUAUUACGACAGUCUUUAGUCCGUCAAGGACUAGCCUUACUUUAGAGGGCGAAUGCUUGACGAGCCAGGUGUUUUACUGGGAUGCGCUCCAUGAAACCAUUUAAGUCUUUCAACAGUGAACACAGCAGAUCG